UGGAGGUUUUUUAUUUUUAUUAUUAUUUUUAAUAAAUUUUUAUCUUUUUUCUGGGAGGGGGAACGGGGGGGUGUAGGACAGGAAGAUGGGGAUAUGGAGAGGAGGAGGAGGAUGUGGACGAGGAGGACGACGAGGAUAGCGAGGACGAGGAUGGGGGGAGGAGAAGAGAUGGACGGAGGGAAAAGAGGAAGGGCAGGAGGAGGAGGAAACGUGGACGGCGAGGAAGGGGAGGACACGAGGAAGGGAAGGAGACAAGGAGGCAUGGAAGAUGAGGAAGUACGAAGAGGAGGAGGAGACAAGGAGGAUGAGGAAGAGCAAGAGGAGGAGGACGAGUCGGAGGAGAUGAAAAGGAGAAGGGAGGAGGAGACAUGGAGGAUGAGGAAGGAGAGGAGGAGCAAGGGUCUUUGUGUGCGUGGGGAUCUUUGGGAGUAGUCCUGCCAGCCUAUGUUAAUGCCUAAUAGGCUAAUAGCAUAUGUCUCCUACAUAGUCAAUAGGGUAAAGAGUAAAGGACUGUGGUAGCACUUGCCACUGGCGCACUGUCUAGUAUGUAAUCAAAUUGCUUCCAUCAC